AUGUCCCCACCCGUCUUUCCUUCCGCCGUUCCCCCCGCCUUCUCCGCGGGUCCCUCCUACGUGUCGCUCUCCGCCCCCCCGACCCCGCCCCCGACCUCGGCUGCGCGCGGAGCGCGUGUUUCGCGCAGCCGCCGUGGCGCGCGCCCCGUGGGGCUGCUGGGGCGCGCGGACGGCGCGUUUUGGCGGCCUGCGCCUGUGGAAGGGUUAACGGGGGAGGGGCAGGUGGUGGCGGUGGCGACUGGGCAGUAUCACUCUCCGUGCUGUGAUGGAGAGCGGGAGAGUGUUCACGUGGGGGCUCAACAACAGGGGGCAGCUGGGCCGACCAACCAAGAACAAGGAGGACGGCUUUCGGCCUGGGCUGGUGGGGGGCUACUGGCGCGCGAGCGAGUGCUGGCGAUAGUGGCAGGGCGGAUCGACCCUGAGCAGCACAGGUCGUGGCUGGGAGUGGCGCCGGGGUGCCUCUCUGGACCGGCCUGCUGCUGUGCGCGUGCCCCCGCAUCUGGGCUCACAUUCUGGUGGGGGGAGGAGGGGAGGGCGGCGGGGCCGGAGGUGCAGUCAGUGGCAGCGGCGCACCACACGACGUUUGCAGUGACGGCGGAUUAUAAGGCCGUGUCAUGGGGCGAGGCAGGGGGAGGGCCGCUGCUGGGGGCGCGCUUGGGGGGAGGGACAGGGGCAGUGGAGCAGGUGGUCGGCUGGGAGGGGUUUGCUGUGGCGAGGCUGAGCCAUGGCGUGGUGUACUCGUGGGGCGACAACCAGCAUGGGCAACUAGGCCGCCCGGCGCCUUCCCAAGACGGCACGCCAGCGCCAGUGCACGGGCUGGAGCAGCUGGAGGUGCUGCUCGUGGUGGCGGGGUCGCAGCAGGGCCUGGUGCUGUGCCGCGCGCUGCAGGGCUCUGAAGCCGAAUCCGCGCUGGAGGCCCAGGAGUUUGACGACACGCGCGUUCUCAAUGAGGAGCACGUGUCGCCUGCUACGCUGCCUGAUCCUGAUGCUUCUGCUCCUGCUGCUGCGGUUGCUGUUGCUGUUCCUGUGCCUGGUGGUGCUGGUGGAGGUGUGGGAGCAGGGUUGGGUGCUGCGGUGGGUGCAGCGGUGGGUGCAGCAGGGGGGGCGGUAGCGGCUAUGGUGAGGGCUGGGGGAGGGAAUGCGGUGGCGAGUGCCGCAGCAGGAGCGGGAGACAGUGGUGCGGGGGAGAAGUGGGGGGAGAGAGUUGGGGGAGGGGCGUCAACCGCGGAGGAGGGGGCGGUGGCGCGGGACAUGUGGUUGAAGUUCGGGGAGGAGUUCAAGAUGCUGCCACGGCAGGGCAUGGACAGCAGCAUGCGGAACCCCUGCUGGCGCGUGCCGGCAGGGGGUGCGGGGAAGGAGGGAGCAGGUCCCGAGGUGCACUGCCUGCCGUACUUCUUCAUCAUUGGCGCCACCAGGGCGGCUACGCAGGACCUGUACCGCAAGCUCACAUCCUCCAUCAUCCCCGGCAUAUUCCCUGCUGCCAUCCCCAACCCCCAGUGGUGGGACCGGAACGGAGCAAAGGACUUUGCGUGGUACGUGUCGCUGUUCGACGAGGCGGCACAGCACAUCGUGAACACGGGGGGCAGCGGGGUGACAGGCGAGGCGUCCAGCACGCUGCUUACAAGCUCAGGCGUGGUGCUGCGAGGCCAUGUGGACGACAGGCACACAGUGCCGCAGCUGCUGCACCUGGUGCUGCCGCGCAGCAAGUUCAUUGUGAUUCUCAGGAACCCCGUUGAUCGGUUCUUCUCCGAGUUCAACCUCGCUGCUGCUGUCAACCCAUCGCCCUCUGUCCCCAGGGACUUUCAUAAAUAUGCUCGAGAUGCCACAGCACGCAUGAGUGCGUGUGUGGAGAAGGAGGGUGCGCAUGCGUGUGUGCGCAAGUUGUUCCGAGACAUGCCGGACCUGUGCGGCUCGUUCUAUGCUUACUUCAUCCAGGACUGGUUCCGCUCCUUCCACCCACAGGCCUUCCUCUUCCUGCGCUUCGAGGACUACAUGGCCAACCCCCGCCCACACAUCGCCCAAACCCUCGACUUCCUCGGCUUCCCCGCUGCUGACGUGGCGGAGGAGCAGUGGGCGGGGAUCGUCGACCUGGAGCGCGUGGAGCAGCGGCCAGAGGGCAUGGCAAGGGAGGAGCUGGAUGGGGUCACACGGGAGUACCUGGAGGGGUUUUUUGCGCCUUUCAACGCGGAUCUCGUGCGGUUGCUGCGUGAUGAGAACGUCCCUGCACUCCCCGCCACGCGGCUCUCGUCGGCGCUCGCCUUGGCGCUCUGGCUUGUCGCCUUCAGUGUCUCGUGCCACGGGCAACAAUUCAACAAUUCACAAGACGCGUUUCUCCUCGACGCCCAGGCGGCAUGGGGAAUGACGGGGUGGGCGCCGGGAGCCAAGUGCAGCAAUGCGCAUGGGAUCACUUGUGACGCUUCAGGCAUGAUUACGGCAUUAAAUGUUUCCUCUUCCGGUAUCACGGCCUCAAUUCCCAACAGCAUAUCCACACUCAUAGCACUCGAAUAUCUAAAUCUCCACUCCAACUUUCUCAACAGUACCGUUCCCAACAGCUUCUCGACGCUGAAGUUACUUGCACACCUGGAUCUCAGCUCCAACUCUUUUGAUGGCCCCAUUCCCGACAGCAUCUCCGUACUCAUAGCACUCCAAUAUCUGGAUAUCAGCUCGAACCCUCUCAAUGGUCUCAUUCCCGACAGCAUUUCUGCGCUCACGGCACUUGCAUGGCUAAAUCUCAACUCUGACUUUCUCACGGGCUCCAUUCCAGAUAGCAUCUCUGCGCUCACGGAACUCAUAUACCUGGAUCUUGGCACUCAUAACGCGCUCAGCAAUUCCAUUCCCGACAGCAUCUCUGCACUCAAGUCACUCGAAUAUCUGGAUCUCAGCGUUAACGCUUUCGAUGGCUCCAUUCCGAAAAACAUCUCCGUGCUCACGGCACUCACAUGGCUACAACUCAACGGUAACUACCUCAGUGGCUCCAUUCCCAACAGCAUCUCCGCACUCAACUCACUCGCAUACCUACAACUCAACGGUAACUCCCUCAGUGGCUCCAUUCCCAACAGCAUCUCCGCACUCAACUCACUCGCAUACCUACAACUCAACGGUAACUCCCUCAGUGGCUCCAUUCCCAACAGCAUCUCCGCACUCAACUCACUCGCAUACCUGAAUCUUGCCUGUAACAAUCUCAACGGCUCCAUUCCUGACAGCAUCUCUGCGCUCACGGCACUCACAUACCUAAAUUUGCAAUCGAAUCAACUUACCGGCGUUAUUCCAUCCACACUUGGGAGUCUGUCUAAUUUGGAAAAUCUCAACACUGAUGGCAACAGCCUCACUUGUCCUGCUGCUGACAGCACCACGUGCGGCCAAUCCCUAUCGUCUGCCUUCUGCCGGAAUUGCUCCAGCAGCUGUUCGACGUGCCAAGAACAAGCAGCGGCAUCUGGAGGUGGAGGUGGUGGAGGGGGUGUGUCAGUGGGAGCCAUCAUUGGCAUUGCUGUUGCUGCCGUGGCCGUUCUCCUCCUGCUUGUGGCUGCCAUGCUUCUCUACUUCAGGCACAAGAAGCAGCAAAGUUCAAGAGGCCCAGGGCCUAGCCUGGCAGCGUCGCACUGCACGGAGUUCUCACUGGAGGAGGUGCUUCAGGCUACCAACGGGUGGUCGCAGGGCAACCUGCUUGGCUCUGGUGCCUUUGGUGAUGUCUACAAGGGCGUCUCUCCCCGCGAUGGCUCCACCCCCUGGGCUGUCAAGCGCGCCAAGCUCGUUGCCGUGGACUUCCAGAGGGAGGUCGUGCAAAUGGCCGAUAAGAACCAUCCCAACAUUGUGCGGUUGCUCGGGUUCGCAGUGGGAGGGGACGUCAGGUUUACGAUCGAGCAAGUCCUGAUUUAUGAGUUCGUGCCCAACGGUGACCUUGACAAGUGGAUAGGACCAAAUGCACCCUCUCCUCUGACUCUGCAGCAGCGGCUGGACAUUCUCAUUGGUGCUGCACGUGGCUUUGAGUAUCUCCACAGCUUCGACCUUGUGCAUCGCGACAUCAAACCCGCCAACAUCCUCAUUACCACUGACAUGCAGCCCAAGAUUGCAGACUUUGGGCUGGUGAGGGCGGGAGAGGGCACGACAGUGGGCACGACUCGAAUCAUGGGAACACCGGGCUAUGUGGAUCCGGUCUACUCCAGAACGUCCAAGGCCACUGCAGCCAGUGAUGUCUACAGCUUUGGUGUGCUCAUGCUUGUGGUGCUCACUGGACGCCCUCCAGCCUCCGAGGAUGAUGGGGAGUCCAAGCAGAUCACGCUAUGGGCAUCGCAGUGCUUGUCAUCAAAUGACAUAGAGAGCCUCAGGGACCCGCGCAUGGACGCUCCUGAAGAUGCGGUGGUGCGUGUGGCUGAGCUGGCAGUGAGCUGCACCGUGGAGCGCACUGCAAGCCGCCCAAGCAUGGCGCUCAUUGCCAACGAGCUGCAGGCUGUGAGGGAGGAGGUGGCGGGGAAAAAGGAGCUCUGCGCCGCUAUCAAGGUGGACGCGCAGGUUCAGGAGAUGAAGGAUGCUGUUGUGGGUGUGGAAAGUCUGGAGACGCAGCUUAGAAUGAUUGGGGAUAGCCCUCUGGGGGGUCUCUCACUUUCAUGUUCACUUCUUGUUCCCAGUCUCGGUAGUUCUGUUUCUUCUCUUCCUCUCGCCAUGGCUUCCCUUCCUGCCGCGGAGGACUCGCCUGAGACCGCCCCGGAGAAGCCUCCCGAUCAUAGGGUUAGCGGCCUAGAUUUCCUUCGGCGUAGCGUAGCUCCGGUGACACCUGAACCUGUGGUUACCGCUGCAGUUGUUAAUACCUACGCGAACCCCUCGUCCAACGGAGAGCCGCAGCCGGCCCCCAAUCCCAAGCCUACUCCCGCGCCGUUUACUCUCCCUCCCGCGAUCGCAUCAUCUAGCAAGGGUCCGCAACCGCCGGCCAACCCCGAGCCUUCCGAUGCGCCGUUCACAGUUCCUCCCGCCAUCGCGUCGUCCAGCAAGGGUCCGCAACCGCCGGCCAACCCCGAGCCUUCCCAUCUCCGUUCAUUUACUCACCCGCCAUCGCAUCGUCCAAAGGCGCGCACGCUUGUGUUCCGAGGCAAGCUCCAGCAGAGCACGUUGACUUUCGGCGGUGUGCGCGUCCCACCACCUAGUGCACCAGAGGAGGAGGAGGAACCCGAACCUGAGGAACCAGAGGAACCAGAGGACAUACCUGUCGAUGUGACCGAGGUGGCCAAGACAGUCGAGUCCAUCACGGGCGACCUCGAGCACAGGUACCUUGACAAGAAGGCGGACUUCGGUGGGUCUGGCAGCGGGUGGCUCCCGAAAUUCCUGGGGCUGUAUGGGAAGAAGUCGGGCCAGACCGUCAAAGUGCGAGGCGCGGACUUGGAGGGGCGCCCGGUCGACCACUCGUACAUCCUGCACGAGAGGAAGCUGAAGGACCACAAGUACAAGAGCGGCUACAAGGCGUGCGUGAAGCUGUGCCGCAAGUUCGCGAAAGACGUCGUCGACCGACUGCUGUUUCGCCUGGACGAUCUGCGGGGGAUGGGUCCAACGAAGCUGUUUCGCGCGUCAAAAUGGCCGAAGAGCAAGCACGCGCGAGACCGCAAGUGCCAGGACUGGCUGACAGGCUGCAGCGCCCUGUUCAAGAACAAGCUCCCUGGGUUUGAUCUCAAGAAAGCCUCGCAGGAGCUGGCGACCUGGUGCCCAAUCAUGGAGGCGCACCACGAGGACGAGUCAUUUGCGCAGGGACUGGCGAACUUCAUGGGCAGCGGCGAUGCCAAGAGGUAG